AUGUUUUACACAGCAGCGCACUUCGUAUCUUUCCAGCUCUCUCUGUUCACGACCUACCUUGCAAUAGCCUUUUCGGAGGCCCAGAACGGAAACGUUGGCAUUGGGAGCUAUGGGGGAGCCAGCAUAUACGGCGUGCCCAGCGGUUUAGAAAACCCAGGCUGGUAUGGUGGCUCCAAUGGCUUUGUAAACACGGGAUGGUAUGGUGGUUCCGGCUACCCAAGCUGGUUUGAUGACUACAGUGGCUUUGUGAACAACGGCUGGUACGGUGGUUCCGGUUACCCAAGCUGGUUUGGUGGCUCCGGUGGCUCUAACCCAGGCUGGUAUGGCGGCUCCGGUGGUUAUAACCCAGGCUGGUAUGGUGGCUCCGGUGGCUAUAACCCGGGCUGGUAUGGCGGCUCUGGUGGUUAUAACCCAGGCUGGUAUGGUGGCUCCGGUGGUUAUAACCCAGGCUGGUAUGGCGGCUCUAGCAGCUGGUACGGCGGUGGUGGAUUCUCAGGUCUUGGCAACCAAGGCUAUUACGGUGGAUCCAGUGCACCAGGCAUGUACGGUGGAGGUGUCCUCUCCCGUCCGCUAAUGGGCUGA